UUGAUAACACCUUGUUUAAACGAUACCAACCAUAAAACCCCGUCGAAAUAUCGGGUACCUGCAGUCCAUUUCAUUGCCAUACCCCCGUUUAAUUUAGCGUUCACACAUAUAAUGUUCUUCUUGAAAGAUUUAUCCCUCAAUUUGACCCUCCAUCCAUCUUACUUCGGGCCGCAGAUGGGGCAGUAUUUGAAGAACAAAUUGCUUACAGAUGUCGAAGGUACAUGCACAGGUCAAUUUGGAUACAUUGUGUGCGUGUUAGACUCCAUGGACGUUGAUGUAGGCAAGGGGAAGAUUCUCCCAGGCUCCGGGAUGGCGGAGUUUGAAGUCAAGUACACAGCCAUUGUCUGGAAGCCAUUUAAGGGUGAGGUUGUGGAUGGUGUCGUCACCAAUGUCAACCAGUUGGGGUGUUUUGUCGAUGUUGGGCCGUUGAACGUUUUCAUCAGUACACAUUCCAUCCCGUCGGACAUGAAGUAUGACCCAAUGUCUAAUCCUCCCAGCUAUGCCAGUGAGGACCAGAUAAUCGAGAAGGGCUCCAAGAUCAGAUUGAAGAUCUUGGGUACCAGGACCGAUGUGAAUGAGAUUUAUGCCAUUGGUAGUAUCAAGGAAGAUUACCUCGGUGCUCUAUAAGUUUGGCUGGUUGGAG